AAAUUCAAAUUUAACUGUUUUAUCUGGUAACCUUACCCAGGAGAAAAAUUCCUAUUUUUCAAGUUCUGGAACAAAUGACUAUUCCUAGAUAAAGUCUUCAGAGAUUUUUCUGGGCAGUUUGUUUUUUCUUUUCUGUGCUUUUACAACCCAAUCUACAUCUACCCAUUGUAGUAUAUGCUAUUCUGCUUGGAGGGGCCUAACUUCCCAUUCAGACCCUUGAUCUCGUUUGGGGCAACUGUUUUAUUGUCAUCUCUAAAUCCCCAAACAUGGAGAUGUUGAAUGAUUGAAAUGGUAGUUGAAUAAACAGAUACUGGGAGUCAUUGCCUGUGAGGAAUGAAGGGGAACUAGCAUUUGUGAAUUGUCUGCUAUAUGCUUAAUAUAGUGGCGAUUGCGCUAUUUAAUGUUCAUUAAGGCCCCAUUAUAAAUGGAUGGGCAGAGUCUUUUGCCGCAGGGAGAUCACAUUCUCCUGAGGCCUAUAACAUUUGACAUAAAUAACCGAUGCCAUUCUAGUUCCCAUCUUCUUUCUGAGAGAGCAGGACUUGGGUCUUGUUGCCAUAGAGCUCCUUUUUCCAUAGCAACAGGAGGUCCUUUAAGAGUCAAGGAAGGCCGGAAGUGCAGUUUGCAUUUCCGUUUGCGUCGGAGACGCCGGCAACCCGGAAGUUUACGUGCGUGGUUGCACAUGGCCGCGCCCUGGAAAGAUGCCGCUGGUGGUGUUUUGCGGACUGCCGGGCAGUGGCAAGAGCCGACGCGCGGAGGAGCUUCGCGAGGCGCUGGCAGCCGAAGGCCGCGCGGUGUACGUAGUGGACGACGCGGCUGUGCUGGGCGCGGAGGACGCGACUGUGUACAGUGAUUCAGCCCGUGAGAAGGCAUUGCGUGGAGCCCUGCGAGCCGCGGUGGAGCGGCGCCUUAGUCGUCACGAUGUGGUCAUCCUCGACUCGCUCAACUACAUCAAGGGCUUCCGCUACGAGCUCUACUGCCUGGCGCGGGCGGCACGCACCCCUCUCUGCCUGGUCUAUUGCGUACGGCCCGGCGAUCUGAACCGGGGACCUCGGGUGGACACGGAGGAGAACCGGAGCCUGAACGUCAGUGUGAGUUGGCAGCCGCGCGCGGAGGAGGGAGGAAGACCUCUGGCAGCAGGCACCCGUGUCCUCGGGGAACCGCAAGCAGCGGACUCUGUAGUAAAUGGGAGAGCCCAGGCAGACGUACCUAAGGAACUGGAGCGAUUGGAAACCAAGGCUCCAGAUCUUCCAGCUCUCGUGACUCCGGAAUUCGAAAAAUCUGCAAAACAUGUGUCCAGUGCCUUUUACCCUCCCGAACUUCUGGAAGCCCUAACGCUGCGCUUCGAGGCUCCCGACUCUCGGAACCGCUGGGACCGGCCCCUGUUCAUUUUGGUGGGCUUAGAGGAGCCGUUGCCUCUGGCAGAGAUCCGGGCUGCCCUGUUUGAAAACCGGGCUCCUCCACCCCAUCAGUCUACACAGUCCCAGCCUCUUGCCUCUGGCAGCUUUCUGCACCAGUUAGAUCAUGUCACUAGCCAAGUGCUGGCGGGACUGAUGGAAGCGCAGAAGAGUGCAGUCCCUGGAGACGUGCUCAAGCUUCCUGGCAUCACGGAGCACCUUCGGUUUACCCGGCCCUUGACCAUGGCAGAACUGAGUCGCCUCCGACGCCAGUUUAUUUCCUACACCAAAAUGCAUCCCAACAAUGAGAACCUGCCUCAGCUGGCCAACAUGUUUCUGCAGUAUCUGAGCCAGAGCCUGCACUGACCAGAGUGGGUAGGGGGGAAAGCCAUUGCUCCUUAUCUAACCUCCACUGCACUGUUUCUCUCUGCGAAGAAUAACCUGAGUGUCUGCUGAGCAUAUUGAUGUGUGGUAGUAGAGCUACGUGUGACUGAUUCACUCACGCUUUCCUGAAUGCCUGUGUGCCAGACCUUGGUUUGGAAGAUCUUGGCAAAUUUCUCCAGAAGACAGAGCUCAGGUGGACAGGGCUUGCUUAGAUUGGAUUCUACUUGGGAUAUCACAUAAUAUUGAUUUCCCCCAAUCUGAACUGUGGGAGAGCAGAAUGGAUGGAUGGAUUGUUUAAAAUAGUUGUGAAGAGAAGCUGAAGACGGCACAGUUCUGCAUCUGCACUGGCCUUCUUACAUACCACAAAUAGUUUUUUUGAGUACUGUUCCUAAACUGUUUGCUUGUUUCUAUCCUGGGGUCUGGGGUCACAGAUCAAUCCACUGGUUUCUGUCUUUGGGAAGCUUUGCUUCUAAUGGAAGUGAAAAAUAUAAUCACUAGAUUAUCUUAUCUAAUAAAAUUAUUAGAUCUUUCAGAA